AUGACUUUGAUCUCCAAAUUCAGUAGCACUUUGGCUACCUCGCUCGCUUUAUUGACUUCCGCCUACGGUCUUGAUGUGUCCAAGGACACCAUCUACUCCGACUUGACCUCGGUGGACCUCUACAACCUUGACGUUGAGAAGGGUGCUUUCUUCACCCUCUUGAACAUCGGCGACAUCUCCAACUCUGGCUCCCUCAACAACAAGGGCGAGUUGUACGUCACUUCCAACAACUACAAGCCUGUGUCCUACUCCCAGAACGGUCAGGACUUCAUCAACUCUGGUAAGGCUUCUUUCGACUCCAGACAGGCCAACAGCGCUGGUAAGAUCAACAUUAAUGUCGACAACUUUGAGAACCACGGUGAGGUGUGGUUCGGUACUUCCGACUCCUCUCUUUUCCCAAAGAUUGGUCUUGUGUCCCUCAAGAGCUUCGACAACUACGGUAAGCUUUCCGUUGCUCAAUCUCGUGGUGACGCCGGCCUGGUCAACUUCAUCGACGGUACUUUCGAUUUGAACAACAACGGUGCCAUUUGUGUGGAAAACCUCAGAUGGUCCCAGCUCACCGGUAUCAACGGUCCUGGUUGUAUUGCUCUCGGUGAGAAGGCCGAGCUCGACCUCGCCAAGCUCAUUUCCAUUGACGAACAGCAGACCAUUGCUUUCACCGGCAAGGACUCUGUUCUCAGCAUCCUUGGUUUGACCGAAGCCCUUACCGGUACCAGAACAUACAACGUUGCUGGUUUCGGUUCUGGUAACAAGAUAGAAGUCAACCUUGGUUUCACUUCCCACGAGUACAAGGGCGACACCUUGUCCCUUUCCUUCCUCUUUGGUGUGUUCAAGAUCGACUUCAAGAUCGGUGAGGGCUACGACAGUGACAAGAUCAAGGCCGACGGCAUUUUGGGCGGCGGUUUCGCCAUCACCUACGAUGCUGACUCUCCAACCAGCGUCCCUGACAAGUGUCACUGCGACCCAUUCCCCCAGGCCAAGACUUCUGCUGAGAUCACUUCUUCUGCUGCUUCCCUGGCUUCUUCUGCCAUUUCCUCGAUCUCCUCGUCCCUCGCUUCCGAGGCUUCCUCCGUGAAGUCCGAGGUUUCUUCCAGUGAGUCUUCUGUGAGCUCGUCUGUGUCUUCUGCUGCUUCUUCUUUGAGCUCCGUUGCACUGACCAUCUCCCUGAGUGCUUCGUCUGCUGUUUCUUCUGCUGCCUCGUCUGCUUCUUCUGCUGUCUCCUCCGAUUCUUCUGCCGCUUCGUCUGCCGCUUCCUCUGCUGCUUCUUCUGCCGCUUCGUCGUUGGUCUCGUCGGCAUCUAGCUCGCUCGCUAGCUCAGCUUCUAGUUCAGCUUCUUCUGCUGGUUCUUCUGGUGCCUCAUCCUCAGCUGGUUCAUCCUCAGCUGGUGCCUCCUCUGUUGGCGCUUCUGCUGGCGUCUCUUCCGCUGUUGGCACUACCUACCUGACUGAUGUUGCCACCACCUACUCUGACGGCAGUGUUGCUUCUGUUUCAGGUGAGGUUAUCGUGACUGUCGGUCCAGAUGGCAAGCCAACCACAACCACCAAGACCUUCCCUUACGGUACCAAGACCAUUUCUGGUACUAUCACCGAGUGGGAGACCUACUGUCCUGUCUGCCCUGACCACAAGACCACUGUCUCUGGUUGGGUCUACACAACCACUGUUGGUGGUACCGUUACUCUCACCACUGAGGUUUGCCCACCAGGCGCCACUGCUCCAGCAGGUACUCCACCUUCUCCAGUUGCUUCUGGUUCUUCUUACACCUCUGUUGUCAACGGCAAGACCGAGUCUGGUGUUGUGUACAAGACUACCAUCGAGGGUACCAAGACCGUCUACACCUCUGUGUGUCCAGAGGAGACCCCAGCUCCAUCUGCUGCUCCUUCUUCCGGUCCAGCUCCAGCUCCAUCUGCUGCUCCUUCAUCUGGUCCAGGUCCAGCUCCAUCUGUUGCUCCUUCCUUCGGUCCAGGUCCAGCUCCAGCCCCAAGUCACCCAUCCACUGUUGCUGGCGAGAGCACCGGCCCAGCUCCAUCUGUGGUUCCAGCCUCUUCUGCUCCUGCUCCUUCUUCUGCACCAGCUGUUUCCACUUACGAGGGUGGUGCUGCUGCCCAGGUCAUCAACUUCUCUUGGUUAAUCUCAUUGGUUGCUUUCGCUUUCUUCUAA